GCCUGCGCAGUGUGACCGGGAUGGCGCAUUUUAUUGCACCGAGUAAUGCGGGGUCGUCGGCGGCCGAGGAGGGCGGCGAGUUCUGUGGUGAAAUAGGGGGAGGUAUUCAUGUAGGCAUCGGAGGGACUCUUACUCUGAACCAUAAGCUGGGAAGCUGAUACUGGGUACAGCUUACUCCCGGACCCGCGGCGUGAAAGUUGUGAUAUCAUCCUCGAACCAUCAGCUUUGAAAUUUAAAAACAAUGGAGAAGACUCAAGAAACCGUCCAAAGAAUUCUUCUAGAACCUUAUAAGUACUUACUUCAGUUACCAGGUAAACAAGUGAGAACCAAACUUUCACAGGCGUUUAAUCAUUGGCUAAAAGUUCCAGAAGACAAGCUACAGAUUAUCAUUGAAGUGACAGAAAUGUUGCAUAAUGCCAGUUUACUCAUCGAUGAUAUUGAAGACAACUCAAAACUCCGACGUGGCUUUCCAGUGGCACACAGUAUCUAUGGAAUUCCAUCUGUCAUCAAUUCUGCUAAUUAUGUAUAUUUUCUUGGCCUAGAGAAAGUCUUAACCCUCAAUCACCCGGAUGCAGUAAAGCUCUUUACCCGCCAGCUUUUAGAACUCCAUCAGGGACAAGGCCUAGAUAUCUACUGGAGGGAUAAUUACACUUGUCCCACCGAAGAAGAAUAUAAAGCAAUGGUGCUGCAAAAGACAGGCGGACUAUUUGGAUUAGCAGUAGGUCUCAUGCAGUUGUUCUCUGAUUACAAAGAAGAUUUAAAACCACUACUUGAUACACUUGGGCUCUUUUUCCAAAUUAGGGAUGAUUACGCUAAUCUACACUCCAAAGAAUACAGUGAAAACAAAAGCUUUUGUGAAGAUCUAACAGAGGGAAAGUUCUCAUUCCCUACUAUUCAUGCUAUCUGGUCAAGGCCAGAAAGCACCCAGGUGCAGAAUAUCUUACGCCAGAGAACCGAAAACAUAGAUAUUAAAAAAUACUGUGUACAUUACCUUGAGAAUGUAGGUUCCUUCGAAUACACUCGGAAUACUCUUAAAGAGCUUGAAUCUAAAGCCUAUAAACAAAUUGAUGCUCGUGGUGGAAACCCUGAGCUAGUAGCUCUAAUAAAACACUUAAGUAAAAUGUUCAAAGAAGAGAAUGAAUAAUGUUAAGCCAUUCUCGACGAGGCCUGAUACUUAGUUGACUUUUUUUGUCUUUUGGCCUAUUACCUUAAAAAUUGGACCAAGCUGUUAGUCUCCAAAAAUUGAGUGAUAAUGAUGAUGUGAGUUGUUUCCAUUUAGAAUCCCUGUGUACAGAUAAUCAUCAUAGUACAAGGUUAUAGGAAUCAAAAGGAGCCACAUUUAAAUAAGUCUAAUUUGAAUGUCAGAAUGUGCUAUGUUGGGACCUUGUGGCCAACUCUGUCUCACAUGUUCUGUGGAUUCUGUCAAUAAAGAAGACUUCAGCUUCCAGGAAAUUUUAUCCACAUACUUCCUAACUGUACUACAUGGGCAGUUCACAAUUCAUCUACCCCAUUUCUGAGCCAUUAACUACUUGGGACCAGUUUCUAUAGCUAACUGGCCCAAAGAUCACAGGAACUCUUCUUUCUUCCUAAAUGUUGUUGCUUAGAAUAAUUCGUUCUCCUCCAUGGAAAUUCCCUUACUUCCAUGAAGAAGCUGACCGUGAAAGUAAGCAUUCUGGCACUUUGUUUCAACUCGUUUUUUCCUUCAUCCCUAUCCAGCAAAUUCCGCUGUUUUAACCAAGGAGUCUUCACUGAAUGAAGUUUACGCACUAGCCCAGAUAACUUUUUCCUCCUAUGUAACUUGCUACCCACACACAUGCUCAGUGCUCUGUUGUGUCUUAACUCUUUGCAACUCUGUGGGUUGUAGCCUGCCAGACUUCUCUGCCCAUGGAAUUUUCCAGGCAAGAAUACUGGAGUGGCUUGCCAUUGCCUCUUCAAGGGAUCUUCCUGACCCAGGGAUCAAACUUGAGUCUCCUGCAUUUCCUGUGUUGCAAGCAGAUUCCCACUGAGCCAGCAGGGAAGCCCUAAUGUAACUUCCAUCUCAAAACUAGUGUCUGGUUAUAGCGGUAUCUUUCCAUUUGGGAAAAAAGAAAAGGUAUAUGCAAAAAGUAUUUUAGGAAGGAGUCUUUAAACCUUUCUUAGUAGUAAAAACCAUAAAAGAGUUACUGGCUCACCUCAAGUCAAAAGCUGGGGCAACUGACCUUUUCCUUCCCACGCACAUCACUAGCCGCCAGCCCCCCCACCCAAAGGCAAUCAGUUGCUUGAAUGGAAAAAGGAAGUAGGCAUCUUUAAUCUCUGAUUAAAGAAAAGAAAAGAGUUAACCUGAGAGCCAAAGUAUCCAAAGGCUAGACUCGGGCACAGUUAGCUUUAUAGUGCCUUAACUGUGACUCUCCCUUUGUUUCAUUUUAAACCCUAAGCUCCUGGAGCAAUCUUGUGGCCCAAGAGCUAUGAAGAAAAAGAGACUCUAUUUUCUGUAGUAAGAGGUGUCACUGACAUCCCAAAGUUUGUAUUUCUCAGUAACAUUGCAUUUUGCGUGAUUUGUUGUGCAAUAUGUUAUCAAAUUACCAUAUACUUGUGUAAGGAUUCCCACCAAAGCACUUAACCUAAGUCUUUUUUGAAAAAGUUGGGUAUUGCCUUUACUAACUGAAAAUUUGAAUCUUCCAUUUUAAUUGAUCCAGGGAAGCCUCUUCUGAAAAUCAGAUAAUUGUGCUACCCUACAGAUGUUUGAACUUUAUUUUUUGAACCUAUAACUUAAACUGGAUUACUCAGAAAGAUCUAAUGCUAACUAUAUUGACAAAUUACCUGUAAGUAUAAAGAUUGCUUAAGUAGUUAUUCCUUAUCUAAUCAAAUUAAUUUCGGUCUGGUACAACUCAUGAUUCUUUUGUCAUUUUUAUCUUGCUUUUCAGUGACAGAAAUGCUUGGCAAAGACUUGUGUAUUAAAUAAUCAAAAAUCUUUUUCACUUGAA